CCCCUCCCGUGCCGUCCCCUCCCACGCCCCAGCGCGCUGUGUUGGGAUAGUGGCAGUAUAAAGUAUAUCUUCCAUCCGAGACAGAUAAGAAGCGCCAGGCUAGAGGGGAUGAAGAUGGCGGACGCCAAGCAGAAAAGGAACGAACAGUUAAAGCGCUGGAUAGGCUCGGAGACGGACCUUGAGCCGCCCAUCCUGAAGAAGAAGAAGACGAAGGUGAAGUUCGACGAUGGCGCCGUGUUCCUGGCCGCCUGCUCGAGCGGCGAUACGGAGGAGGUGCUGCGAAUGCUCGACCGCGGCGCGGACAUUAACUACGCCAAUGUAGACGGACUCACCGCGCUGCACCAGGCCUGCAUAGAUGAUAAUGUGGACAUGGUGACCUUCCUGGUAGAGCAUGGAGCCUGCAUCAACCAGCCCGACAAUGAAGGCUGGAUUCCCCUUCACGCUGCCGCUUCCUGCGGAUACCUCGACAUCGCUGAGUAUCUUAUCAGUCAAGGUGCAAAUGUUGGUGUAGUAAACAGCGAGGGAGAAACGCCAUUGGAUAUCGCGGAGGAGGAGGCCAUGGAGGAGCUUCUGCAAAACGAGAUCAACCGGCAAGGCGUUGAUAUCGAGUCGGCCAGAAAAGAGGAGGAGCGGAUCAUGCUAAGGGAUGCACGACAGUGGCUUAACAGCGGCCAGAUCAACGACGUCCGGCACACCAAAUCUGGGGGGACCGCACUACACGUCGCUGCAGCCAAGGGAUACACUGAGGUUUUAAAGCUUUUAAUCCAAGCAGGGUAUGAUGUAAAUAUUAAAGACUACGAUGGCUGGACUCCGCUCCACGCUGCUGCACACUGGGGCAAAGAAGAGGCCUGCCGGAUACUAGUAGAGCAUUUGUGUGAUAUGGACAUGGUCAAUAAAGUGGGUCAGACGGCGUUUGACGUAGCUGAUGAAGAUAUCUUGGGAUAUUUAGAAGAGCUGCAAAAGAAACAGAAUCUGCUUCUGAGUGAAAAGAAGGAUGUUAAGAAGUCUCCUUUAAUAGAAACUACGACUACUGGGGACAAUAAUCAAUCUGUGAAACCACUGAAGAGUAAAGAAACGCUUCUACUGGAGCCAGAGAAGACUGUCCCACGAAUCGAGACUCUGGAGCCAGAGAAGGUGGAUGAAGAAGAGGGGGAGGGGAAGAAGGAUGAGUCUAGCUGCUCUAGUGAGGAAGAGGAGGAGGAAGACUCGGAGUCUGAACGAAAAUCAGACAAGACCAAGUCUUCUGUUCCGUCGACCAUUUCUAACAGUACACCUGCACCUGCGCCUGCUGGUAUCACCGUCACGUCCCCAACUACCCCAAGCAACCAGGUGACCACCCCAACCUCACCUACCAAAAAGGUGAGCACACCUGCAGGGAAGGUGUCUCCUAAAGAGGAGGAGAGGAAGGAUGAGUCUCCCGCAUCAUGGCGACUGGGCCUGCGGAAAACCGGCAGUUACGGAGCACUGGCAGAAAUCAGCACAACUAAAGAGGCACAGAAAGAGAAGGACACAGCCGGGGUGAUGCGCUCGGCUUCUUCUCCUCGCCUCUCAUCCUCACUGGACAAUAAGGACAAGGAAAAGGAGAAGGAGAAGACACGCCUGGCGUAUGUUGCACCAAGCAUCCCGAGGAGACAUGUUAGCACAUCGGACAUUGACGAGAAGGAAAACAGGGAUUCGGCUGCUAGUCUGGUACGUAGUGGCUCGUACACCAGGAGACGCUGGGAAGAAGACCUGAAGAACAGCGACGGAACUGCCUCACAAAACAGAACCUCCAGCUAUCAGCGCAGUACGUCUCACACGCUAGCGUUAGGCCGCACAUCUAGCUCUCGCGACCUGCCCGCCAAAUCCUCCUCUGCCUCCAGCCUGGAACCUAACAACUCUAAAGCCUGGCAGCAGCCUUCCUCCUACUACCAGUCUCACAGCAUUCACCGCAGCGGGUCAUUUGGAAGGAGACAGGAUGAUGCUUUAAGUUCCACUUCUUCCUCCACCUCCACAACAACGACCUCCACCUCCUCUGUUACCUCACCCACCGGAUAUCGCAGCAUGCUGUCCAGGUACUGGGCAGAAGAGAGUGCGGAGAAGGAAAGGGAGAAGGAGAAGGAGAAAGAGUCGGCUACAGUCAUCCCCACAAUCAACACUGCAGCCACCACCACUACCACCUCCACUACUGGAACUGUGCUGGGCUCUGACGGACGAGAGAGACGCAGAUCAUACCUCACCCCUGUGCGUGACGAAGAGUCCGAGUCUCAGAGGAAAGCCAGAUCCAGACAGGCACGGCAGUCCAGGAGGUCCACACAGGGUGUGACCUUGACUGAUCUCCAGGAGGCAGAGAAGACCAUCGGACGCAGUCGUCCCACACGGCCUCGAGAAGAGGAGAAAGAAGAGAAGGAGAAACAGGACAAGGAAAAACAAGAAGAGAAGAAAGAGACGGAGACCAAGGAGGAUGACUACAGGUCACGCUACCGCAGCUUUGAAGAGAAGUACCGGAGCUCCUCUUUGGCCUCGACCACCACGGCCUCCUCCACCCUGCCUUCCUCCUCAUCUAGCAGCUCCUCUUUUCUGUACAGCACCUCCUCUCUGAACCGGCCCAACAGCCUGAGCGGCCUCACGUCCACCUACAGCCGCACCACACGCGACACUGAGAGAGAGUCUGAUAGAAAAGAUAAAGAAGAUGACGCUGAAGACAAGUCUCAGCCACGCUCUAUACGUGACCGCAGACGGCCUCGAGAGAAGAGACGCUCGACUGGAGUGUCCUUCUGGACCCAGGAUAGCGACGAGUACGAGCCAGAGCAGCCAUCAGACUCAGAAGAAGGCAGCACUAAAGGAGAGCCUCAGAGCGACAGACUAUCCAGGAAUGACCCUUCCUCCCUCGACCGUUACGAGCCUUUGAGUAGCCGUGGCAUUGGGGAGAGCCGGCGGCCGUACUCUCGCUUCGAAAGAGACGACACCAAUGAUUAUAAGAAGCUUUAUGAGCAGAUUUUAGCUGAAAACGAGAAGUUGAAAGCUCAGUUACGUGAUACAGAACUGGAGCUGGCCGACCUGAAACUACAGCUGGAGAAAGCCACGCAGAGGCAGGAGCGCUUUGCUGAUCGAUCGCAGCUGGAGAUGGAGAAAAGGGAAAGAAGAGCUCUAGAAAGGAAGAUCUCUGAGAUGGAGGAGGAACUAAAGACGCUACCAGACUUGAAAGCAGACAACCAGAGGCUAAAGGACGAGAACGGAGCGCUGAUCCGAGUCAUAAGCAAGCUUUCCAAAUAGAAAAGACCCUCUCCACAACCUCCGACAGUAACGGUAUUGCACAUCUAGAUAUUAAUACGAGACAAUGGCGACAAGAAGGCUCCGUCUCCCCCUCGGUUUCUCAGUCCUCAGCUUUCCCUCGCUUCUCCGCUCCACCACCUCUCCACCACUCACACAGAGCCACUGCGUUUACAGAACUAAGGAAAAGCGUUAGACGAGAGAAUGGCAUUGAACACUUUGCGGGCGGGGAAAGCCUCGAAAACUAUUUAACCAAUAAGCCUUAGUUGUACAUAAGUCACUUGCAUCAAAUUUCUCUUGGCUGUCACAGAACACCUGAUUUUAUUUGUGCCACACUUUUUUUUUUCUUUCUUUUUGUGAUCUAUCCUUCUUUUUUUUUUUUUGUUGUUGUUAUUGUUUUUUUGCUCCACUCUGUAUAGAUGCAUUAUGCAAUGUGCAGCUCUCUCCUUUCAUGUCCUCUUCCUGUCCUCAUCAGCCACCCCCCACCCCCCAAAUCGUGCUAGAAGUCCCGCCUCGUCCUCAGAGGCACUGUCUCUCAGCAGAAGACUUCCCAGCAUUCCACAAUGUUGGCGCACGCGCACGCUCCGCACACUUCCUCCUCUCUCUCGACGGACCCCUGGCUUUACCGAUUAGGUGGACCUCGUGGAAUCGAAGCUUUCACUUAUGUGCAAUAUAUGCAUUUCUUUCUAUACAAAUGCUUUAUGAAUGAGUCCGUCACUAGUAAAUGUUCACUCUUUCACCACUUUCGUGGCUCACCCUGGAUUCCUUCCUCUCCCCCCGACUUCUUUCUCUCGUUUCUUUGAGUUUGUAGUGUAGUCGAUGGUUUAUAUCUUGUACUCCUCACGUUGUUUUAGCAGGUACUGAGUGAAGUUGUAUAUACCUGUAUGUAUUGUUUGAGACCAGCACAUGGCAUGCAUUUAUGGUUCCCUGUCUGUUACUAUUGAAAUAUACCAACUCCAGAGGACAAAGUGUGUUUUAACUAUUUCCUCCUCCUUUUAUAGUUGGAAAAGACAUUGAAUAACAAUAGAGCCGCCCUCUUCAAAGAGAGAAGGCUGCACUUCUUCAGUGCAUUUUUUUUCCUUUUCUCUUCUUCUCAGUUUUAAAAGUGUUCAUGGUAAUUGUGAGAUAAUAAUAUAAUUGCUUCACUACAUUUCACACAUUUUAUUCAGUAUCUUUGGAAGAGUGCUGUUUAUUUUUUUCCCUUUAUUUUUUUUCUCCUUUUUCCAGUUUUUGUUCUUUUUUCUUUUGUUUUUAUGCUGUAGUAUUAGCCAAGGUGUUGUCACUAAAAAGAAGAUCCUAGAUAUCGCUAACCCAGUCCUUUUUACAAUGUCUACAUGCACUGUCAAUGCCAUGUCAGGAGUCUUGCUGUCCGGUUUAGCGAACUUUUUGCCACCGUGUCAGAUGAAGUCCAUGCAUCGGAAACACGUUUUAUGCAUUUCAGUGGCCUUUUACUUAAAUACUGUAGUCGGAAAAAAAUGUCGCUGUAGUUGGACUGUCAGCUGUCUCCUCUUUGGUUUAGGUUUUUAAUUUGUUGUUGUUGUUUUUUUUUUUUCCUUUUUAAAUUUCCCAUCAUCUUGUAAAAUAGAUGUGUGGCUUCAUCCGUGCAAGCUGUGCUGUGACUACCAACCACUGAGAGUUAAUUAAAAUAAACUUGUACAUUGUAAAAAUC